UCCUCUUUCUCAAUUCAACUUCUCCGAUCAGAUUUUUUUUUGCUUUCACCGUUCAUAACUUCUCAGGUCAGUUUUCUUCCUCUUUCACUUUCAAAUUCGUAUGGUUUACGAAUCUUCUUCGCUAUUUUUUAUUCAGAUAUUCCCCUCCAUAUGUUAGAUCUCGAAUUUUUCUCGAAUCUCCCAUAAUUUACUUGAAUUUAGGGUUUUUGAAUCGACGGCUCAUCACUAAGUUUUGCUUAACUUUGUUGAUCCGUGUUUUUGUUCAUCGUUUUCAUACGCAAUCAUCUCUUGACAGACCUUCGUGUAAGUAACAUCUCCAUUUGUUGUCUCAUCUUUGAAGAAAUCUGGGAUUAUUGCUUCUAGUGAGUGAGAUAUAGGAAUCUAGUGAAAAAUUACUUAGCUUCUUCAUAGCUUUUGUUCCAUGUUGUCUGCUAAAUGUGAGAUUCUAUUACUGACUUGUGAGAUUAGAGUUUUAACUUGGCUCUGUUGGAUGAAGAAAUCUGAUUGCUUUAAGCAAGUUAUGGGAAGCUUAGUGAAGAAAUUAGCUUCUUGAUAGAAAGGAAGAGCUUGUGCGUGUACCGUUCUCUUCUCCGUAGAUUGACUUGCUCUAAUGAUGGAGGUCAAAUUAUGGAACGACAAACGCGAAAGAGAGAUGUAUGAGAAUUUUGCAGAGCUUUUUGCAAUCAUCAAAGCCACAGAGAAGCUAGAGAAAGCUUAUAUAAGAGACCUAAUCAAUCCUUCAGAGUACGAAUCUGAAUGCCAGAAACUCAUUGUCCACUUCAAAACUUUAUCCGCUACACUCAAAGACACGGUGCCAAACAUUGAAAGAUUUGCAGACACAUACAAAAUGGACUGUCCAGCUGCUCUAUACCGCCUGGUGACAUCAGGUCUUCCUGCCACAGUGGAACACCGAGCUACCGUUGCAGCAUCUACGUCGAACUCUGCAUCCAUUGUUGCUGAAUGUGUACAGAAUUUCAUCACUUCAAUGGAUUCUUUGAAACUAAACAUGGUGGCUGUCGAUCAGGUUUAUCCUCUCUUGUCUGAUCUAUCUGCUUCUCUCAACAAACUGAGUAUUCUACCGCCCGAUUUCGAAGGGAAGACGAAGAUGAAAGAAUGGCUUUCGAGGUUGUCUAAGAUGGGAGCAGCCGAUGAGCUUACGGAACAACAGUCAAGGCAACUUCACUUUGAUCUCGAGUCAUCAUACAACUCUUUCAUGGCAGCUUUGCCUAAAGCUGGUAAUUAAGAUCAAUGUAGGUUACGUUUCUUGUUUUUGUUUUUGUGUAAAAGUCUUUGGUUUAGUCUGGUUUAGUGGUAAUUCCAAGAGAAUUUUACACGUUUGAGGAGUUGAAUGUGCUUAUGUGUACCAUAUUUUGGUUAUAUGAAAGUUUUAUCUAAACCAAAUUACUAUUGAUUCAUUACUCUCACGGGACUAUAUAUAAUUGCAGAUUUGUUUGAGUGAAUUAAGA